UAAUCUUUCUCUCGUCUCGAUCGGCGAGAGAAGAAUUCGAUUCCGGAUCGCUGUCGCAAACUCUCCCAAAUCUUUCCCUUCUCCGUCUUGGUUCGGAAUUCGGGUUCUUCUCAUCCGAUUCCUCCAUCCAAUCUCUGUCACGGGUCGCAUUAGGGUUUUGGUCUUACACCCUUCUAGGGUUUUGGAACCUCGAAUUUGAAGUCGGGAAUUAGUCUGACAGCGCUGAAGGUUCGGCGGGAGCGGUGGAAGACAUAGGUGAGGAUGAUCACCGAGAAGCCUAGCUGGGUUACGCAUGAGGGGAUGCAGAUCUUCUCCAUCGACAUCCAAGCCGGAGGUCUCCGGUUUGCCACUGGUGGCGGAGACCACAAGGUCCGAAUAUGGAACAUGAAAUCAGUAGCAACGGACUCUGAAAAUGACUCUUCAAACCCAAGAUUGCUGGCUACUCUGCGUGAUCACUUUGGAUCAGUCAAUUGUGUUAGGUGGGCUAAGCAUGGUAGAUUUCUUGCCUCUGGAUCGGAUGAUCAUGUCAUUCUUAUUCAUGAGAGAAAACCUGGGUCAGGUACUACUGAAUUUGGCAGUGGAGAGCCUCCAGAUGUGGAAAAUUGGAAAGUCACUAUGACAUUGAGGGGUCAUACUGCAGAUGUGGUAGAUCUCAAUUGGUCUCCGGAUGACUUAACAUUAGCUAGUGGUAGUUUGGAUAACACAAUUCAUAUAUGGAACAUCACGACCGGCAUCUGCACUGCUGUAUUAAGAGGGCAUUCCAGCUUAGUCAAAGGGGUUACUUGGGAUCCUAUUGGUUCUUUUAUAGCAAGCCAGUCAGAUGAUAAGACUGUCAUCAUAUGGAGAACCAGCGACUGGAGUUUGGCCCACAGGACAGAAGGCCACUGGUCAAAAUCGCUUGGCUCUACAUUUUUCAGACGACUUGGGUGGUCACCUUGUGGCCAUUUCAUCACUACGACUCAUGGCUUUCAGAAACCUAGACACUCAGCCCCAGUACUGGAAAGGGGCGAAUGGUCUGCUACCUUUGACUUUCUAGGUCACAAUGCCCCUAUUAUUGUGGUAAAGUUUAACCACUCUAUGUUUCGGAAGCAUUUUUCUAAUACUCAAGAAGCAAACACUGCACCUGCUGGAUGGACCAAUGGGGCAUGUAGGACUACAUCAAAAGAAUUCCAGCCGUAUAAUGUGAUUGCAAUUGGAAGUCAGGACCGCACUAUAACUGUAUGGACAACAGCGAGUGCCCGCCCUCUGUUUGUUGCUAAACAUUUUUUCACACAAAGUGUUGUAGAUUUAUCAUGGAGUCCUGAUGGCUAUGCACUUUUUGCCUGCUCCUUGGAUGGGACAGUGGCCACUUUCCAUUUUGAAGUGAAGGAGUUAGGGCAUCGAUUAACUGAUACUGAGCUGGAUGAGAUAAAGAGAAGUCGAUAUGGAGAUGUCAGAGGAAGGCAAGCAAACUUAGCUGAAAGUGCUGCACAGUUGUUGCUAGAAGCAGUAUGUGCUAAGCAAUCAGUGAGCAAAAAAGGAGCAUCCAACAUUGAGCAAAAUCAGAUAUCUGGAAAUGCUUCCAUGGAUCCAAUAAAUGGAAUCAAUAGCCAGUUAGUUCAAAAGGCUCCUGAAGCCCAAGCUGGAGAUGACAAGAAAAAUGGAGGAGCCAAUAUGGAUGGUUCAAAUAAAAUGCCACCUGUCCAGUUAUCAAGUCCUCCAAAACAAAGAGAAUAUCGUCGUCCUGAUGGGCGAAAAAGAAUAAUCCCUGAAGCAGUUGGAGUUCCUGCAUAUGAGGAAAAUCUAUCUGCAGCCCAAGCUCAACUGGUGGAGUUUUCUUCCUUGGCUUUGGAUCAAGUGAAGGAUGAUCGUAAUGCUGUUGCAGAUGGUGGGGUAAAAGAAGCUUCCCUGAAGAGGCCAUUUAGUGGAAGCUAUGGUGCAUAUAGCUACUCUGACAAGUGCAACAACUGUGGAUCUAAAGAGCGUUCUGGACUCACUGCUAGGGCUAACAUUAAUGACAGCCUUAUUAUUGAGAAAGCACCAGCAUUGACUAGCACUGAUGGAAGGACAAAUGUAGAACACAUGGGAUCUAUAGGUAUGACGAGUUAUCUGAUGACUUCCGGUGCUCUUUCUAUUCGGGUAUCCAAUAAGAAAGACGGGGAAGAUAGUUUACCGAUUUGCUUGGAAGCUAAGCCCGUAGAACGAUCAGUACAUGAUGUAAUUGGUGUUAGCAAUUCAGUUUUUACAAAAGAAACUGAAAUAAGUUGCACGAAAGGAUCUGAAACUCUGUGGUCUGACCGUAUAUCUGGAAAUGUAACUGUCUUAGCUGGAAAUGCGAACUUUUGGGCUGUUGGUUGUGAAGAUGGCUGCCUACAGAUCUAUACUAAAUGUGGAAGACGAGCAAUUCCAGCCAUGAUGAUGGGAUCUGCUGCAGUUUUUGUAGACUGUGAUGAGUCUUGGAAGUUACUUCUUGUUACAAGGAGAGGCUUGCUGUAUGUCUGGGAUCUUUUUAACAGGACUUGCAUUUUGCAUGAAUCUUUAUCUUCUCUAGUUACUUCAAGGGAGGAUUCGUCAGCAAAAGAUGCUGGUACAAUAAGAAUUAUAUCUGCAAGAUUUUCAAGAUCUGGUUCACCCUUGGUUGUUCUUGCCACGCGUCAUGCCUUUCUGUUUGACAUGAGCCUGAUGUGCUGGCUAAGGAUAGCUGAUGACUGCUUCCCAGCUUCAAACUUUUCAAGUUCUUUUAACUUGAGUCAUAUUCAAAGUGGUGAAUUGGGCAAAUUGCAGGUUGAUGUUAGCAAAUUCAUGGCAAGAAAGCCAAGUUGGACUAGAGUGACGGGUGACGGGACACAGACACGUGCACAUUUGGAAACACAGUUGGCAUCAUCACUUGUUUUAAAAUCACCUAAUGAAUAUCGUCAGUGCCUUCUAUCUUAUAUACGGUUUCUUGCAAGAGAAGCUGAUGAGUCCCGAUUGCGUGAAGUUUGUGAGAGUUUUCUUGGCCCUCCUACAGGAAUGGCUGACGCCACACUUGUGGACUCGAAGAAACCAGCAUGGGACCCCUAUGUGCUUGGAAUGAAAAAGCAGAAACUCCUCAGGGAAGAUAUUCUUCCAGCCAUGGCAUCGAACAGGAAGGUCCAACGGCUGCUAAAUGAAUUCAUGGACCUUCUUUCCGAAUACGAAACCAAUGGCACUAAUGCCGAUCAUAUGGAUGUUGACGGUCAAACAAAUGAUGCCAACAUAUAAAGUUUGGUAUUUAUCCUAUUUUAUUUUCAACUUUGUUCAAAAUAUAGUUGGUCCGAUUCAUGUGACAGAAUGUAACAGAAUUAAUGUGCUAUAUAUAAAAGCCAAAAUGAUUCAUCUGUAUCUUU